CGAGCGUCACUUCGCGUACGUUGUUUACCAUGAUGGCCGCUGGUCCUUCCCGCGAAGUGUGCCGUCACUAACACCGCCUUUUGCAAGCGCACUGAGUCUCGUUGGGCUCUGAAACCCUCCAAGGAUCCGCUAGGAGGAGGAAGAGAGAGGAUCAGGGCGAAGAGUGGCCCGAGGCGAGGUUUAUCAGGCGAGAUAGGAGGACAUUGAAGGUCUUGGCGCGUGAGGACAUCCAUAACUAUUACGUUGAUUUUCUUUUUUUUUGAAAAUUUUCUCGAUAUUCCAACCAAAACAAUGCCCAAAUCCGACGUUUUCAAGGCCGGUGACCCGAUUUUCGCCAAGGUCAAAGGUUACCCGCACUGGCCAGCGAGGAUUGAACCCUAUGAAGAAGAUCCAUCUGGCAAACCAUUAAAAAAGUAUCCAGUCCUGUUUUAUGGGACUUAUGAGACAGCUUUGCUGAAACCAGAUGACCUAUUCCCUUACUCGACCCACGUAGAGAGGUUCGGGAAACCACAGAAGAGGAAGGGUUUCAAUGAAGGCCUGUGGCAGAUAAUUAAUAAUCCAAGUCUAGACCCAAGCAUACCUAUACCACCAGACGUGUCCUCAGCCUCUCUCCCUGGUACCCCGAAAACUCCUGCAGCCAAGCCCGGCAGAAAGUCCCUGAGCUCCACACCAGUAGUGACGACAGAUGUCAAGUCUGAAGAGUCUGAUGAGGACGUAGGAGAUUUAGUUAUCGAUGAGUCUGCAGGGAAAGGUGCAAAACCUGGAAGAAAAAGAAAAAGGCAGGAUUCCGACAUAGCCUCAGAGACACCAGCCAAGAAAGCUGCGUCUUCUGAUGUUAAGAAAACGCCCAAAGAAACUCCAAAGCAAACUCCAAAAGAAAAUAUUAAACAGUCAAAACUUAUAGCUAAAGAAACUCCAAAAGAAACUCCAAAGCAGCAAUCUGGAGAAUCAUUGGAACCCCAAGUUAGUCGAAGUGGGAGGCUAAUAAAGCCUAAAAAGUUCUUAGACGAAGGUGAAGAUGCUUCCCGCCCACCAUCAGCUGCAGCAGGCACACCUUCCACUCCAGUUCCAGUUACAGAAGCUGCAAGUACCCCAUCAAUUACCAAAACUAGCAAUGCAGUCAAAAGUACCCCCAGUGCACCUAUCACCACACCAAGAAAAAGACUCUCCCUCUCCGGGUCAGAGGAAGCUGCGCCAGCAGAGUCACCUGCAGUGCCAGAAGAAAUGCCCACCCCAACAGGCCCACCACCAAAGAAGAGAGGGCGUCCUCCAAAGAAUAGAGACAUAGACAACUCGCCCAAGAAAGCGCCAGCUGCAGCACCUCCAUCCGAGUCUCCUGCCCAAGAAACUACCUCAAAGAUGUCAUCGCCGCCCACUAAGGCUCUGGCUGAUGUCAAACAAGAGAAGAAGUCUCCUAUAAAAGAGUCACGUAGUUCAAAGAAAUCUCAGUUGAAGCAAAAUGAAAUAGAACUUCCCAAAGAGAGUGAUCUAGCAAGUAAGCAGACAUUCCUUAAACUGAAAACGGACUUAGAAUCUGGUACUCUAAAUGCAGAUGAAUUAAAAGAGUUAACAAAGGCUAAUGAGAAAGAAGAAACACACACAGCCAUUAUAGAAGAAAAUAGAAAAUACACAGAAACCUGCAAAGCCAAAACUCUAGAUAUGGAAGCUCAAUUAUUGGAGCUUGAUCAAAAGAUAAGAGAGGCACUAUCUGUUACAAACCCUCGAAAAGAAGAUGCCAAAAAUUAUCUUGAGCGCAUGUCUAAAUUGGUAAUAUCUGGGUUGAUGCUGAAGAAGAAUCCUCAUGUUGUUGAUGCCAUAAAAAAGUGUCGGAGAUACAAAUAUGACGAUGAGGUCCGGCUCAAAGCAGAUCUAGUUUACAGCAGGUUUAAGCUGUUGUUUGUGGUGCCAGAGAGUCAAGAAUGGGACUCCAUGUUUGCCGAAAAGGUGGCAGAAUUUGAUGAUGCCUGCCACAGAUCAGGCAUCACAGAGGAAAGUAAAAUCUCUUUGGUCCGAGAUCCAACCCAUCACAUCGACGGUCCUCAGGAAGAGGCCAGCAAAAGGGGAAAAGAAAACACGAGUCCAUUAACAAAAAGCUGAACGAGAAAGAGAAAGAGUGAGAGAGAGAGAGAAAAUAAAGGCAAAAUGUAUACAGAUCAGCAGGUUUGAGCCCCUAGUUAGUACUUAAGCGAGGCUUCAACUGUGCUGCGCGAUUGGUAUCUUUGGACUCAAAAUGUUGUAUGUGGCUAGAGCUGUAUUUUUGAGGCUUAGAUGAUACUUGGAUAAGGCUACAAAGAUUGACAGAAUUUUUUUUUCCCUUUUUUUUUAUUUUAAUUUUACUUUAACCUUCGGAUUAAUAAUGACCAGAUCAGUAAGCUUAAUCUCUAGACUGUGUGAACUAGAGACUCGAACCUUGACUAGAUCAGUAAGUGUGAGUUUUAGACAUAAGGCAAUUUAAUGAUCAAUCCAUAUGAUAUCAUCUUUUACUUUAAGCCCUGUUUGGUAUGUAUUAUGGUGUAAAGCUGGUUUGUGUGAGCCGUACAUGAUACAUGAGUAAGAGUUACCCCUUCAAGUCAUCACUGUGGCAUUAAGCAGUGCAAGAGAUAUAUUUUGAGCAUUGUGUAUUCUAAGUGUAUUAAAUGCUAGCAUGGCAUGUGUUGGACUAGGCUUUAUUUGCCAAGCAUGUAUAUAAUGUAUAUUUUUGAUAACAUCCAAAGGUAUUCCUGAAAAAAAAAUAAAGUUACAAGACACUGACUGGAAGUGAUGAGCCAGAUAUCAAGCCAUUUGAGAACUUUUUUUUUAUACAUUGGUUAAGUUUUUUAUUUUUAAUUUCUCCAAUGUUUAGAAUUUAUUCUGAUGUGUAAGUCACAUAAGAAAUACCUGGUUUCAUGCAUUUUAUUUAAAUAUAACAUUUUCUUUAUAGGCAACUUUAGCUUCUAAAUUUUUUUUUUUUUUUUUUGAGCAAUUAUUGGAAUUGGAUAUUUUCACACAAAGCAACUGUCUUUAAAAGAAGUGUCUUAAAAGGGUUUACCUUACUGUUGUAGUACCUACGGCUCUAGACCGGGCUUCUUGUGUUUGAACAAUUUUCUGGAUAAAGAAUAAGGAACAGAAACUUGUGUUAUCUAAGGUUCCGUCUAAUCUCUUUAAACUCUUACCAGUAGAAGAGAGGCUAAAGAAAGUAUCUGUAUUAUCCUCAAAUUGAGGUGUUUAUAAAAGUAAGCAUGUCUGGUGAGGCAAUUUGAAGAGGUUUGACCAAAGAAUGAUGAUGGUAGUAAAUGUUUUUGAUGUAAAAAGGACAGUUUCCCAGCUGUAUUGGCUGUGUGCCAGUGCGAAAGGGCAAUUGUUCAUUCGCUGAUUAUUAGGAAGAGGUAAUUCAUUCAUGUGUCCUCAUAUGUUCAUUUAAUUUGUUAAGUGUUAAUAUUUGAUGAUGGAGAAAAUUGUUAUCUUGAAUCAAAUUAUCUUGAGGAUAUUCAUGAUGAUCAGGAAAAAGCAUAAAUUUGACUUGUUUCUCUAGGGAUUCAAUGUUGGUUACCUGAAUUUUGAAGUUGCUAUGAAGUUGAAUAUGACAGGUCAAUGAUGUACAGAGUACAACCAGCAUUUAUUUUCCCCUCACAAGCAGAUGGUUACAGUACUUUGCAGUAAAUUGGGAUGUGCAGAAUUUAAAUUGUAAAUAAGCCUAGUACCCUUUCCACAAACUUAACAAUUAUAUUUUUUAUUCUGCUCUUUUGCAUUGUUAGUAAACUUGGAAUAAGUUUUUCUUAAUUUUGAAAAUGUAGACAACAGGUGCCACAAUUAAUUGGAAUCCCAAAGCAGAUACAUAAAAAAAAAAAACAGUGGCCUUAAAAGAAUAUAUAGCGAUAUGUAUCAAAUCCUGAACUCAGAAAUUCAUUCAAGCCAGAUGCAGAAUAGGGUGAUUCUACAAACUGAAAAAAGAUUCUCAAACCAUAUACUGCUAGCUGGGGUUGUGUAAGAGAGAAAAAAAAAGUGGUUGAUUUAAUUUUGUCAUCCAUUGUCAGCAGGGAGUUGCAUUGACUAAGGAGUGGCAUUCUUGUUCCUGACAAACCACAAAAAUUUAUGUCUAUUACGACAAAACCUCAGUGAGAAAGGGAUGGUUUUUAUUGUCAUUACUAUUACUUUUAAACUAGGUCAUUUUGAUGUUUUUUGACGUUACUUUAGACAUUGAGGAUAAAGUACUUUGAAGUAGUUUUGAAGUUGCUUUUUUUCCAUUGCUCACAUUUUAAUUCUCUGUUGUUGGGAAGACGAUCCAUUAAGACACAGCAGGGAGGGGAAGGGAGUCUGGAAGAGCCGUUGUGGGAGAAACAUCAAGAGCCUAACAGAGACUUUGCAGAUAUUUUUUUCUUUGCUAUUGAAUGGGAUCUUAAUGGACCGUUCACUCCUAAGAGUCACACAUGUUAUGUUAUAUAUCUUGGGUAUCAGUUUGAGCUCUACAUGAGGAAUAUUAGCACUUGACUUGUGAGUACAAAGGUGCAUUAAGUAGUGCUAUUAUCUGUAUGAAUCACUCCCAAAUAAAAUAUGAACCACUAUUGA